AUGGAAGCCUUGGUCUGUGCGUUCUCUGAGCUGCGCAUAAGAGAAGAUGCAGUGAGCUGGGCCCAAGGACACACCAGUCACCCCGACACACCACCCAACAUCUACGAGGGGGGGCUGGGGGCCCAGCAGCAGCAGUGCCCCAGUGCCCAGGGAAGCAAGCCCAAGAACUUCCGGCUGCGCCACCUCCGGGGCCUGGCUCUCUACCUGCCGGGCCACCUGCAGCCUGCCGGCCAGUGUGAGAGUCACUGGCUGGGUCGGCUCCUGGCCGGGGGCUGCCUGCCACAGCCCGAGGGCCUGGUCUGGCCCCUGGACUUAGCACAGGGGACUCUGGGCCGAGGUAACAGCCACCACUCAGCCCUUCUGGAAGCUCAACUGCCCAGGGACAGCCGGGCAAAUACAGCUUCCAGCUCCAGCAUGGACCCAGCCAAGGGUGCCCCCUCACAGUCUGGUCACCCUGAAGGCUUAGGGCUCAGGCCUAAGAGAUCCUGGGGGGCCCCAGAGGAGACCACAUGUCCCUUGUGCAAGAGAACCCGCUCUGGGGGCCUGGAGGGGCCGUAGGGAUCCAAGUGCCAGAGCUGGUUCUCCCAGCUCAGGACAGGAGGGGAGAGGGUGGCCCCAGGAGCAGGAGAUAGGUCCAGGGUGGGGGGGAAGGGCUCAGCCCCCACCAGUAGCACCCCCACACCGAGACACCUAGGCAGCUACCCAGCACCAGAGCCUGGGCCAGCCUUGGGAAAGCUUGAGGGUGGAGGGAGGAGGAAGAGGUCCCGCGAGAGGGACAGAGAAAAAGAAAGAAGCCGGGGCAUGCCCCUGCAGCCUGCUUCAACUCACAUCAGCCACGGGUACCGGGGAGGCCGGAUGGAGUGGAGAGCUGGGCUCCCGAGGGGCCGGGGAACCUACAGGUCUAAUGUCA